AUGAAGAGUGACACAACAGUAACAAAACUAGUAUCAAAUGGAUUAUACAAACAAGCCCUUCAACUCUAUUCUCACCUCCACGCUUCUUCUUCCUCCCACACUCCCAACUCCUUCACCUUCCCCAUUCUCCUCAAAGCAUGCUCCAAUCUACCUUCUCCUUCCUCUUCCCAAACCCAAAUCCUCCAUGCCCAUCUCUUCAAAACCGGUUUCCACUCCCACCCUCACACCUCCACCGCCCUCACCGCCUCCUACGCCGCCAACUCCCACUCUUUCCCAGACGCCCUCAAACUGUUCGACGAAAUGCCUCAACCAACUAUCACCGCAUUCAACGCUGCACUUUCUGGACUCUCCCGAAAUGGGCCUUCCGGUCAAGCUUUUGGGCUUUUCCGUGAAAUUGGGCUUCGGAAUCUUAGGCCUAAUUCUGUAACCAUAGCGUCUUUACUCGUCGCACGUGAUGUAAAAAAUGAAAGUCAGGUGCGGCAGGUUCAUUGCUUGGCGCUCAAGUUAGGAGUUGAAGCUGAUGUUUAUGUUUCAACUUCGCUGGUCACUGGUUAUUCGAAAUGUGGGGUUUUGAUUUCUUCGUAUAAGGUUUUUGAAAAUUCGCACGUGAAAAAUGUUGUUAGUUACAAUGCUUUUAUGUCGGGGUUGUUGCAAAACGGGUUUCCGAAUCUUGUUUUUGAUGUUUUUAAGGAUAUGAUGAUGAGUUUGGAGGGAAAACCGAAUUUGGUGAGUUUGGUGUCUGUUUUUACAGCAAUUGGUACCCUUUUGAAUAUUCGUUUGGGGAAGCAGGUUCAUGGGCUUAGUAUGAAACUAGAAGCUUGUGAUCAUGUUAUGGUGGUGACUGCACUUGUUGAUAUGUAUUCGAAAUGUGGUUGUUGGGGUUUUGCUUUUGAUGUCUUUAAUGGAAGUGAAAAGAGGAACUUGAUCACUUGGAAUGCUAUGAUUGCGGGGAUGAUGAUGAAUUCAGAGAGUGAGAGGGCUGUUGAAGUGUUUGAGAGAAUGGUGGAUGAAGGGGUUUUGCCUGAUUCAGCAACAUGGAACUCUUUGAUUUGUGGGUUUGCACAAAAAGGGGUGUGUGUGGAUGCUUUUAAGUACUUAAGGAAAAUGCAAUGUGUUGGUGUGGCUCCAUGUUUGAAGAUUGUGACUAGUCUUUUGUCUGUGUGUGCUGAUUCAUCUGUGUUGCGAAGUGGGAAAGAGAUACAUGGGUAUGCUUUGAGAAUAUGUGUUGAUACGGAUGGGUUUUUGGCAACUGCUUUGAUUGACAUGUAUAUGAAAUGUGGGUGUGUUUCAUUGGCACGUUGUGUUUAUGAUCAGUUUGAUGCAAAACCAGAUGAUCCUGCAUUUUGGAAUGCACUGAUAGGAGGGUAUGGAAGGAAUGGAGAGUAUGAGUCUGCUUUAGAAUUCUUUGAUGAAAUGUUGGAUGAAAUGGUUCAACCAAAUAGGGUAACAUUUGUUAGUGUUCUAUCUGCUUGUAGUCACAGUGGUCAAGUUGAGAGAGGAUUACAUGUUUUCAGAAUGAUUAAGGAGUAUGGUUUGGAUCCAACGCCUGAGCAUUUUGGUUGUGUUGUUGAUCUUUUGGGUCGAUCCGGUCGGUUGGGCGAAGCUCAAAAACUGGUGCAAGAAUUAGCAGAACCUUCUGCAUCUGUUUUUGAUUCUUUGCUUGGUGCAUGUAGGUCCUACUUAGAUUCCAAUCUUGGGGAAGAAAUGGCGAAGAAACUUCUUGAUAUGGAACCGGAAAAUCCAGCUCCACUUGUGAUUUUGUCUAACAUAUAUGCUGCAUUGGGAAGAUGGGGAGAAGUAGAAAGGAUAAGAGGGUUGAUCACUGAUAAAGGAUUGGAUAAACUCACUGGUGUUAGCAUGUUAGAAGUUGCAUGA